AUGGUUUUUGAAAGGUCUUUAAAUGACCUUAUAAAGGGCAUAAGGUCUCAUAAAGAUGACGAAGAAAGCUAUAUUAACGGCUGCUUAUUGGAAUGUCGAAAAGAAGUAUCAAGCCAGGAUGCAGAAAUCAAAGCUGAAGCUGCUUUAAAACUUGCAUAUUUGGAGAUGUUUGGAUUUGAUGUUAGCUGGGCAAGUUUUCAAAUCAUCGAAGUGAUGGCUUCGUCGCAGCUUUCCCAAAAACAAAGAGGAUAUUUAGCUGCAGUUCAAUCUUUUAAGCCAACCACUGAUGUUCUUAUGCUUACAACGAAUUUGAUAAAAAAGGAUAUCAUGAGUUCAAGAGUCCCGGAAAUUACUAUAGCCAUCAAUGGAUUAUCACAUAUUUCUACUUAUGGGUUAGCUCGAGACUUAUACCAAGACGUGUUGAUUCUGCUGAAUCAUUCAGUACCCUAUAUACGCAAACGUACUAUCAUGGUCCUUUAUCGACUCUGCUUGCAGUAUCCAGAUGCAAUUCCCAUUUGCGUUCCAAAACUCCGUGAGCGAUUAGAUGAUACAGACAACUCCGUUGUUAACGCUUCUGUCAGUGUAAUCUGCGAAUUGGCACGGAGAACACCAAAAAACUACCUCGAAUUUGCUCCUGAUUUGUUUCAUUUACUAACGAAUUCCUCUAACAAUUGGAUGCUUAUAAAACUCGUAAAGUUGUUUGCAUCUUUAACUCCUUAUGAACCAAGACUUGUUAAAAAACUUGUUCCAGCUUUAACACAAAUUAUCGAGACUACUCAUGCCAUGUCAUUACUGUAUGAGUGCAUCAACACCAUCGUCUCUGGGAAUAUGCUGGCCAAUUAUUCUCAUUCUGAUCAACUUGCUUGGUUAUGUACAACAAAACUACGUGAGUUCUUCCUAGACACGGAUCAGAACCUGAAAUAUGUCGCUUUGCUUUCGUUUUAUAAACUUUCGAUUACCCAUCAACAGCUUGUCGCUCAGCAACUAGAUAUAAUCCUUCAAUGCUUAAUCGACUCGGAUAUUUCGCUUAGGAUGAGGGCGUUGGAUCUUGUUUGUCAAAUAGUGAAUGCAGGAAACAUUGUUUCCAUUGUGAAGACAAUCAUGCUUCAGUUGGUUACUUCUUCCGAAGACGUCCUUAUAGAAGAAUCUCGAAACGUAACCGCGCUUAAACUUAUAGAAAUGACUUCCAAGUCUACGUAUGCUGUUGUUUCUGAUUUUGAAUGGCUUCUUACUGUUUAUGUGGAUCUUGCACGGAUACCGGGAAUUCAUGUCGGGAAAGUUCUGUCCUCUCAAAUUGUCGAUCUCUGUGUUCGUGUAAAAGCUCUCAGACCAUUUGCUAUUGAUUUGUUUUCCCAAAUGACUUCUGAUCCGUCUACAAUUUUUUCGGAAGGGAAAUCGAAAGAAAGCUUCUCUGAAGUUUUGCCUUCUCUUCUCUGGUGUUUAGGCGAAUAUGCCGAAUAUGUUGAAGACUACAUUGACGUUUUGGAUGGAUUGGUUCGUCCAGCUUCAACUUCCCUUCCGUCUAGCAUACAACCAGUACUAAUCCAGUGUGUUCCUAAAUUAUUCUGCCAGUGGUGUGUCAAUGAGGAAGCUGCGUGGGGUCCAGAGAAGCUGGGCUUGGUAAAACUGUGGGUUACUCGAAUUCAACAAUUUAUGGAAAGUUUUGUGCAAUCUCUCGAUAUGGAGGCACAAUUAAGAGCAGUUGAAUAUAGUAUCAUGUUUGCCCAAAUACAAGAGAUUCUCAAUACAAAUGAUUACUCUGAAAUUCUUGAUUUCCAGCAAGGACCUCCUUAUAUUAUAAAAAAUACUGUUAUCAAUUUGUUCUUUACUGAGUCACUUAACCCUGUUGCUAGCAAAGCACAGAAACGGGUAUUGCCUCCAGAGGGUCUGGCUUUAGAUACUCCCAUAAACGGAGCUAUUGAAGCACCUAAAAAGUUGAAAAAUAUGAUAGACGAAAGCAGUAACAUUAGAAGUGCCAGGGAGACCACUGAAUUAUCAAUAGAUAAUACCCCGAAUAUGCUGCAAGCGAAAGAAUCAGGACCUGUUAGGGAUUUGUAUAACCCAUUCUAUUUGAAUUCAAGUCCAUCUAAGGAGGAAGACGCUACAGCAGAAAAUGACACAAACGGUUUUAACGAAGUUACCGAAAAUGAUUCUCUCUUUUCAGGGAGUAAAAUAAUGAAAGUUACCAAGAAAAGUCGGCGGAGAAAAGUCCUUGCUUCGCCUACCCAAGGACCUGUAGAAAUCGCUCAAGAUGAGAUACCAGAAGGAGUUCAGCUUUCAGAUGAAGAUCAGCUGGAACGAUCAAAAAUUCAGAAGGAAAAGCCUUUGAUUUCGUUGGAGCCCACUUCUUCGACCUUGAACGAUAAUGACCACCGUCCAGAGACAACCUCAAAUACUCCUAUAGCUCCCAUUAAAGUCAAAAAAAGAGAGAAGAAUAAAAAGAAAAGUAACACAGAAAUUAAAGGAGAAAAAAUGAGAAAAAAAAGAGUGUCAAAAAAAUCCGAAGAUUAG